CAGACUGGUAGCGCUGAGCUGUGCACUGGUGUUUGUGGGCUUGGCACAGAAGUCGCUGGUGGGCUGCUCGUCUGUGGGUCCCUUGGCGGGCGCUGGGCCUGCACCCUCGCCGUGCGGCGGCCCCCAGCAGCACCAUGGCUUGGAUGUUCAUGAGAGAUUCUGCCUGGAAAUACUUACAGUCUACCCAUCUUGGAGGAGAUAGGACCUAUUCCCAUUAUACCUCUCGUGAUUUUUCUUCCCAGUUUGGGUUAGAAGACUUUCUAUGUACAGAUGACAUUCCUGGGACAGAUGAAGAUACAGAUUCAGCUGUUUUAUUUGGAACCUUGCGAGGAAAUGUGGUUGGACUACGUUAUUACACAGGGGUUGUUAACAAUAAUGAAAUGGUUGCACUUCAGAGAGAGCCCAAUAACCUCUAUGAUAAAAAUGCAGUAAAAGUAAACAAUGUGAAUGGAAACCAGGUAGGCCAUAUCAAAAAAGAACUUGCAGCGCCCUUGGCGUAUAUCAUGGACAACAAGCUAGCAAUAGUUGAAGGGGUUGUCCCUUAUGGAGCAAAGAAUGCCUUUACUAUGCCUGUACAAAUGAGUUUUUGGGGAAAAGAAGAAAAUAAGCAAACUGUUCUAGAUAAAUUGAAAAUGCAUGGAUUUAAAUUGGCUCCUCCUUCAAAAAGUUCAGAAUUUGGUUUUGGAUCUAGCUGGGUUUCUGGGAGAGCUGGACCAAGCUAUAGUGCUCCAGGACAUGCUGCUGUGCAGAUGACAACAGAACAGCUUAAAAGUGAGUUUGACAAAUUGUUUGAAGAUCUGAAAGAAGACGAUAAAACUCAUGAAAUGGAAGGAGCAGAGGCUGUUGGAACACCAUUACUUCCACACCAAAAGCAGGCUUUAGCUUGGAUGGUUUCACGUGAGAACAGUAAGGAGUUGCCAUUGUUUUGGGAAGAGAAAAAUAGCUUCUACUAUAAUACACUUACAAACUUUGCUGAAAAAGAACGACCAGAAACUGUUCUUGGAGGAAUACUGGCUGAUGAUAUGGGACUGGGUAAAACACUUGCAACAAUUGCAUUGAUUCUUACCAACUUUCAUGAUGGCAAACCUCUUCCUGUUGAAAAGAUUAAAAGCGAUCAGUUGCAUAAGGAAUCUGUUGUCACUGGUGUGAAAAAUGAAGGACAUGAACUUUUGAAAGAGACCAGCUGUAAUGUGGAGCCCAACAUUUCUAAUGUAAAGAAGAAGAGUGAAACUAUUCAGUCACAAUAUUCUAGUUCCCGACCAAAAAGAGCUAAAGCUGAGAAACCCAAAUAUACAGUAAGCAGUGACUCAGAAGAAUCUGAAGAGUGGCUACCACAACAAACAAGAACCAAAUGUGAAAAAGAUCUCCCAGUAACCAGAAAAAGAAGUAAAACAGCUGCUUGUAUUAUCCAAGAAGACACAGGCUUUGCAUCUGCUCUUGCAUCUCCAUCUGCUCCAUUAAAAAAGAAAGCAAAGAAAAAAGGUACUGGAAGUGUACAGUCUGUUAAGAAAAAUGAUUCUGAAGAGGGUCCCAGAACAACACUAAUCAUAUGUCCGCUCUCUGUCCUAAGCAACUGGAUUGACCAGUUUGAACAACAUAUCAGGCCAGAUGUUCACUUGAAUAUAUAUGUUUAUUAUGGUCCUGACCGUAGCAAAGACCCAGCAUUUCUUUCAAAACAAGACAUAAUACUAACAACCUACAACAUUUUAGCCAGUGAUUAUGGAAGCAGAGGCGAUAGCGUGUUACACAGAUUAAAGUGGCUGAGAGUGGUGUUGGAUGAGGGGCACACUAUUCGAAACCCAAAUGCUCAGCAAACUAAAGCUGCAUUAAAUUUGGAGGCACAGAGAAGAUGGAUACUGACAGGCACUCCUAUCCAGAAUUCCUUAAAGGAUUUGUGGUCUCUUCUCUCCUUUUUAAAACUGAAACCUUUUACUGAUAGAGAGUGGUGGCACAGAACGAUCCAGCGCCCUGUCAUGCUGGGAGAGCAAGGGGCACUGAGGCGUUUACAGGCCCUAAUUAAAAACAUCACCCUUAGGCGAACGAAAACAAGCAAAAUUAAAGGAAAGCCUGUUUUGGAGUUACCAGAACGUAAGAUAUUUAUUCAGCAUGUUACGCUCACAGAGGAAGAGAGAAAAAUCUAUCAGUCUGUGAAGAACGAAGGCAAAGCUGCUAUUAGCAGGUAUUUUAAUGAAGGAACUGUUCUGGCACAUUAUGCAGAUGUCCUUGGUGUCGUGCUCAGAUUGAGGCAGCUGUGUUGCCAUCCUCAUCUUUGCACAAAUACAUCAUCUUCCAGUUGUCAAAUAGGUGAGAGUACUCCUGAAGAAUUACGUGAGAAGUUAGUAAAUAAAAUGAAGUUGAUUCUCAGCUCUGGCUCAGAUGAAGAAUGUGCAAUUUGCUUGGAUUCUCUAAACCUUCCUGUGAUAACACACUGCGCACAUGUGUUUUGUAAACCAUGCAUUUGUGAAGUCAUCCAAAGUGAACAGCCAAAUGCCAAAUGUCCUCUUUGUAGGAAUGAACUUCGAGUAGAACAUUUGGUAGAAUGUCCUCCCGAGGAGUCGGAUUCUAGCAUUGAGAAGAAGGGUGAUCGGGAAUGGAUAUCCAGUUCAAAAAUCAAUGCUCUAAUGCAUGCUUUGAUAGAUCUAAGGAAGCAGAAUCCAGCUGUAAAGUGUCUGAUUGUUUCUCAGUUCACCACUUUCCUAUCUCUAAUAGAAACUCCACUGAAAGAAUCAGGGUUUGUGUUUACUCGUUUGAAUGGGUCCAUGGCACAGAAGAAGAGGGUACAAGCAAUUCAGAGCUUCCAAGACAGCCAAACAGGGUCCCCGACCAUAAUGCUGCUAUCCUUAAAAGCUGGUGGAGUUGGUUUAAAUCUGACAGCUGCUUCACGAGUGUUUUUAAUGGAUCCUGCUUGGAAUCCUGCUGCAGAAGACCAAUGUUUUGACAGAUGUCACAGACUUGGCCAGAAGCAAGAUGUUGUUAUCACUAAGUUCAUUGUGAAGAACUCAGUGGAAGAAAAUAUGCUGAAAAUCCAGAAGAAGAAGAGGGAACUUGCAGCAGGAGCCUUUGCAGCUAAAAAGCUUACUGUUAGUGAAGUAAAACAAACCAAGAUUAAUGAAAUUAAGAGUCUGAUUGAUUUAUAAUUUUGUAAGAGGGUAGGUCAAUCGUUCUUUCUGAAUAAAGGAUAUAGUACUAUA